GGUUCGACCCGAACUGACCCUUGCUCAGUGGAUCGAGCAGCGACCCGUGGUCAUGACGCAAUGGGUCGACGGGUUGGAGCCAGCGCACAUCCCGGGUCCGUUCCGACCUUCGUCGCGACACCUUCACCCGCCUGAUGUCAAUCUUCAGACUCUAAUUCUAUCUGAAAGAAACAAAAUUCUCGGGCAAGCGACUAACGUCACACAAUGUUCUUCUCUUUCGCAACAGGCCAAGGGGCUGUUGGACGAAGAAGGGCAGCGGGAAUUGAAGGACCUGGCCCAGUGGUCGGACCUGGUGAUCUUCGACUACUUGACGGCGAACCUGGACCGGGUCGUCAACAACCUGUACAACAUGCAGUGGAACACGGGCAUGAUGGACGCACCGGCACACAACCUGGCGCGCCAGACUGCCACGGGCCUCCUGGUCUUCCUGGACAACGAAAGCGGGCUUUUGCACGGCUUCCGGCUCCUCGACAAAUACGAGCCGUACCACCGGAAACUCCUCGACUCGCUCUGCGUCUUCCGUCGAUCCACUGUGGAAAACCUGGAGAAACUGAGUCGCAGCGACGUGGCAACCGAGUUUUCAAAGCGGGUGUCGGAAGCACAUCCGGACAUGAGUGACGCUUUGCCGCCGUUGCCGGACAAAUACGCCCGAAUCCUGGCCGAACGGAUCCGAACUGUUCUCAAUCACGUCCGAGGCUGCGAACGGAUCUACGAUUCAUCCUAAAGGAGGAGAAAAAGGAAACCAGGAAAUGGAAGAGAAAGAGAGGCAACGGAAAAGUGAUUAGCCAGCAUAGGUUAUCCGAUAAAGAAGGGAAUUCUCGAGAGAGAUCCCCUGUUCGGUGCCUGGAAUCGAUUGAGUCGAAGUCCGGAAGUGACCUGGCUUCAGGCUGGAACGUGAGAAUUCGGCUCAUUUCGUGACGGAGCUAUACGAGAGCUUCAAGGAAGAAAAGAAAGAAAAAAAAAAAGACGACGAAAGCUCAACGAGGAGCGAACCCCACUCUCUUUUUUGCUCAAAGGAAAAGAAGUGGGGGGUUAAACCCGAUUGUGAUCCUCUCGCCAUGCUUUAAGUCACCUGCUUUUUUUUAACAAAGAAAAAAAAAGAAGUCGUGCACUUCCCUGGGAUGCUCAAAUUUUCACUCUCCGCGUUUGAGAUGAAGGAAAAAAACACAUUUUUUAGUUAUAUUCGACUGAAAGAAAUGGCGGACGAGACGUUUGAGGCCCUCGAAUAAGGGAUGUGACUGAGUUAAUCAAAAGAGAGCGUUUUUCGCGUGUUUUGUUUCUCAGGUUUCGAGUCCCCCCCAAAAAAAAAACACGUGAUCCCCUUCUCGCGCACAUUUGAGGGAUUGGUUUAUGAGUUUCCAUAUUAACGCCUGAGACUUCCGCGAUUGAAGAAGAGAGAAAAAACAUUUUUGCAUUGGAAAGAUAAGAUUUCACGGCUGGAAGGAGCCGAGGAAGAAAAAAAAGAGCUUGAAAGGUGUCUCUUCGUGUCGCAGUACCGAAUGUUCAAGUCCUUGGAUAUGAGGGAGUUUUUUUCGUCGCGUGGAAAGUCCGAAAAAUGGGUAAUUUAUUGUAUUCUGAUCAGUCUCGGAAACUUGUAGACCAUCCCUCGUGCAUUCUUCCCUCAUCAUGCAGUUUUGCUCCAAAGAUUGUGACGGAAAAGUUUUUGUUUGCGGUCAUGAGCGUUGUCUCGAGCUUGCCAACCAGUGUUUUUUUUUUUUUCGUAUUUGAUGUCGUUUUUUUGUCUGAGGUCCGAGCCCGCUCACGAGUGCGGCUCGAAAGUGAUACGCUGCCAAUUUGUAUAUCCUUGUCUUCCCCAAAAUUUUUCGAUGAUGAUGAUGAUGAUGGAGAUUUUUUUUUUUUUGAUGGAGGGAAAAACAAACGAAAUGCCAUGCCGA